UCACUUCUGCCAGUUCCCCAGGUGGGCCUCGGUCACUUCUGCCAGUUCCCCAGGUGGGCCUCGGUCACUUCUGCCAGUUCCCCAGGUGGGCCUCGGUCACUUCUGCCAGUUCCCCAGGUGGGCCUCGGUCACUUCUGCCAGUUCCCCAGGUGGGCCUCGGUCACUUCUGCCAGUUCCCCAGGUGGGCCUCGGUCACUUCUGCCAGUUCCCCAGGGGUGUUGGAGACCUGAUCACCAUGGGGCUGGAUAAGAACGCACAAGGCACUGUCCUUAAAUAUGUGAGUUUGGUGACCCUCACAGUCCAAAACUCUGCCGUGGCCCUCAGCAUGCGCUAUGCUCGGACUCGUGCUGGAGAUAUGUUCAUUGCUUCAUCUGCUGUAGUGAUGGCAGAAGUAGUGAAGCUUCUUGCAUCUCUCUUCUUAGUAUUCAAGCAAGAGGGUUCCAUUCAGCACUUAGUCGUGGCACUACACACCCAAAUUUGGCAGCAGAAGUUGGAUACAUUGAAAGUGUGUGUACCCUCGUUCAUCUACCUUAUUCAGAACAACUUGCUUUACGUGUCUGCUUCGAACCUGGACGCUGCCACAUACCAAGUUACUUAUCAAAUGAAGAUUCUGACCACUGCAAUGUUUGCGGUGUUGAUCCUUCAUAAACAGCUUCGAGGAACACAGUGGACGUCACUGUUACUUCUCACAGCGGGUGUUGCCCUAGUCCAACUCUCUGCCUCCAGCAAAGCAGUCUCGGCAGCUACGGCUGGACAGAAUCGUGUAUUGGGCUGCAUUGCUGCCAUUGCUGCCUGCUGCUGCUCUGGUUUUGCAGGCAUCUAUUUUGAAAAAAUUCUAAAAGGCUCAGAGGUUUCUUUGUGGGUCAGAAAUGUUCAGUUGUCAUUCCUAUCUGUACCUUUAGGAAUAUUAACAUCAUAUGCAAAUGACUACUCCUCCAUCGUAGAUAAAGGCUUCUUUUAUGGUUAUGACGCCUACGUAUGGUAUCUUGUGGUUCUGAAUGCAGUAGGCGGACUGCUGGUAGCGAUGGUAGUUAAAUAUGCUGACAAUAUCCUCAAAGGAUUUGCGACAUCAUUAGCUAUUGUGAUAUCCACUGUCGCAUCGGUAUUUCUUUUUGAUUUUGUGAUAACAUUCCAGUUUGCAGUUGGCACAGCCUUGGUGAUAGGCUCAAUCUUCCUGUACAGCUAUGAGCCCAAGAAACCUCCAAGCAACCCUAUGGAUAGCAACGAUACCCCAGAAAGAAGCAAGCUUAUCCAUGAUCCGCACUUGCAGAGCUCAAAAUGACGUGACUGAUGUAUCGGUGCAUGCUUUUCUGAUUGUAGUAUUUUGUUACUGUGGUCGUCAAGCAAAUCUAUAAUGGAAAUCAGUAUAGAAUAGCUUUCGUACUUUCUGUGCCAUACAAUACAUUGUAAUUGAUGACCACCCUUCCACUCACGUAGUAUUAAAGGACCACACUCUUCAGUUGAUCUCUUGUACGAGGCUGCGUUCUAAGUACUGUAGUUCCUUAAAUCUCUUCCGAAUGUAGCUGUACCUUUUUGUUCUUUUGGUGAUUGGUAGUUUGUCCGAGAUUCUCACGACGUUCAUUUAGAAAAGAAAUUAUUUUUUUUUUAGUUUUUAUGAAACCUUUAUGUAAAUGACUAUUUUUAAUCUUUCCUAAUGAUUAAUGCAUAAAAUUGAACCAAAAUGUUGUAUAAUGUAACAUGUCAUAUUCUUGCUGCAUCUGUAUUGAUUUUCAAGAGUUCUUAAUAGCCUUCAAAUGUGAAAUUUGUUGUUUAAUUAAGGUAUUGAAGAAUUCUUUUAUAUGCACUGAAUGCAUCUGAUGAAUCUGAUGAUAUAUAUUUGUAUAAAGUUUUGGGCAUUUAAUUUUCGUGUUUAAAAUAAAACUUUACAAUGUCCAUAUUUUAUUACGAUUUCAUCAGUGGACGCCACAUAGACCCAUUUUCUGAUUUUAUUUAAUAUGCUUGUCCUUAUUGUUUUUGUUUUGUACUAGCGGGUGUUCAGUAUUGUCUCAUUUCUAAAUACAGUACUGCACUUUGGGCAUUGUAAAGAUUCAUUCUUGAAAGCAUUACUCUUUACCAUUUUUUAAUUAUUUUUAUAGAUGUACUCUAUUUUUUCCCCCCCAAAGUAGAGUUAUCGGAGGAAAACAUUCCAUAUAAUGUAUGGCAUCAUAUGCACGUACAUGCAUAUACCUGCAUGCCUAUACACCACACACACACACACACACACACAUGUGAAGCAUAAGUAGGAUAUCCAACAAUACAGUGUGAAACAUUUGCUAGAGACAUUUGCAUGUUUGCUUUUGUUAAUCAGAUGAGGCAUUUAUUACCUUACAUUUACCAUGUAGUAUAUACCCAUGUUAAGUAGGUAAUUCUGAAGUGUGUAAGUCUGUCCUUAGAUUUAAAUAACUGCACAAAUGGCUAUGAUUUUCCAGAGCUUGCAUUUUCUUAGUGCAGCGGUAGUGAAUGCAAUUUUUUUUUUUUUUGCCAGAGUGUAUUUUUCAUAUCCACAACUUGCUUGUUGCUUUUUGUUUAACUGUUAACUUUUUGUUUAACUUUAACCAUUGUGGCAACCCAGCAUGAAAAACAGGAUUUGCUGGGAAUUUUGAUAAAACUGUAAUGUGUGUGCUGGCAUUGCAUGAAAAUCCUUUCCGCAAGCAUAUUGUAUUUUGGGUUACAAGUCAAAUUAAUACACUUGAGUGCAGCAUCUUGUGUUUGUUAUUAAGGUAUUGUACACUGAGUAACUUAGGUGUUUAUAAGUACAUUAAGCAAUAUUGCAAUGAUUUUAGUUAUUGCAGAAUUUUUUAUAGGGAAAUUACAAAUGCCGAUACAUUUUUACUUAAGCUAUUUGUAGUAGUUAAUGUACUUGAUCCCUAUGAUGUUGCACGAUAGAGUUUUCAUUUGUUUUGGCCUAAAAUAACAUGCUGUGGCAUUUUGUAUUUUAAAAUGUACUCCCGAGAGAGAAAAAUGUUAUUAUUUCUGUAUUAUGACAAGGUAUUUUAAGUGUGAUAUGUAGUGAGAAGUGGUCAACACACUUCGUUGGUGAAGGGAUAUGAGUAAAACAGAACAUUCAGUGAGGCUCAAAUGGAUCAGUAAGCUAGUCUUCUGGUGGGCCUAGUCAGACGUGGGUCAAGUGGGCAUUGAAGGGUUGGUAUCCCUAUCAGUCCCUGGGCUGCCGUUCAGACCCUCAGUUUGUUACCUGCGCAUAUACUCUCCUUGUUACCCCCCAGGGUUGCCUGCAUGCUUAUACCUACUUUGUUGGACCCCAUGAUAGGUGGAGGAGCAGGGAAGUUCAGUCUUUUUUUCUCUCUCUCUCUCUCUAUCUCUCUGCUUCCAGCCUUUCCCUGUCCAUUCUCCAUGCUUGGUUCCAUCCCCUGCUUCCCUAUCAUCACUUAAAAUGCCUAUGCAAAGCCCUCCAGUCUUCAUUGCCAAUCUCCACACUUAUCCUUCCCUCUGACCGUUGCUCCUCUUUUCACCCUUCGCUCUCGCUGCUGAUAUUCACUUGUGUCCAAGCAAGACAUCCUCUGUUGAGACAGUCGCUGAUAUUGUGAGAUACACCACAUCCACCAGUAGCACUCGGCUCUUGUGAAGUGUUGGAAAAUGUAUACAGCACAUUUAUGAUCUUUCCCAUAAGUGUGUUAUACAUGUAAGAUGCUUUCUCAAGAAUUGCAAUAGUUAGUUCUAAUAAAGCACUAGUGAUUUUCAUGACCAAGCCACAACUCAGAAGAUGGAGAAGUGACAAUGUUUUGGUCUGUCCUGGACCAUCAAGUGAUCUGGACAGACCGAAAAGGAGAUGUUUCGAUCCACAAUGGACCAAAACAUCGUCGCUUCUCCAUCUUUUGAGUUGUGGUUCGGUCAUCAUUUCUUCAGCCAUGUUAUUGUGACUCAUUGUCUGCACUACUGAUUUUAAAAGUAACUGGUACUUUAGUGUGAUCAAGUUAAGGGAAUUUAGGGAUUUUGAGUGGAAAGUGGCUGAAGCAUUUAAUUUUGUCUUUGAUCUAUUACUGGCUUGUCUGGAAAAUCAUUGCUCCUAAAUUUUGUCUUAAAAUAUCUGGUCUGAGAUGUUUGACUUUAUUAACUUUCUCUUCCUUGUCUAUUAGUACAUGUUUCUGUUCAACAUGAUGAACUAGCAAAGCUUUCCUCAAUUUAUUGAUCUUAUUACAUCUUACGAGCUAUCUUUAUCUUAGGUAUAUUUAGUAUUCAUGAGCCCUCAGUUUAAACCUCCAUAAAUUAUAUUCACUUUGUUAUAGGAUGAUCAACCUGUUCUCAGGCUAGGCUCGUUAAAGCGGCAGCCGUUUCCCUAAGACACAUUCAUCAAUUUUAAUGUAUUAUGUAUUAAAUCAUUUUGGCUUGUAUAUUAUUAUUAUACAGUAUAUUAAAGUUCUAUGCAUAGUUAGGCAUAGGUUAGGUAUUUAGAUUCUGUUGGUAGGUAUUUGUAUCUGAAGUAUAUGGGUGAAGCAAUCACCGAGUUGCAAUUUGAAUAGAGGGUAGUUACCUAACUUUAGUAUGGGAUGAGAGCUAUACUCGUGGUGUCAUAUCUUCCCACCACUGUCAUAUAACGCUUUGAAACUACUGGAUUGACGGUUUGGCCUCCACCAACACCUCCCUUAAUUUGUUCCAACCGUCUACCACUCUGCAAAAGUUAAUUUUCUAUUUUUUUUGGUAGGUUUAUCUAGCUGGUAUAAAUUUGACUUCUUGUUAUUGAAGUUCCAGGUCUUAAGAAUUCUUCUUUAUCAAUUUUGUCGAUGCCCAUUACCAUUUUGUACAUAGCUACCGUAUUGCCUCUUAAACCAGGGGGUUUGACAGUUGGAUUAACGAGCAUUUGGUCAUUGUUGAUGAGGAUGGGUCGAGAUCUAUUUAAAUCUAAUUACCUGUACUGUACUUGCAUGGCAGGUGAAUCAGUGGAUGAAGUACUGGAGGAUGCUUUUAACAUUUUGGUGUUUGGGUAUCAGCACUUAUCUCUAUAUAUAGUGAACAAAGUAGGUAACUAUUGGCUCUAGCCAAUCCAAGAAGCGGGUGCUGUAAUAUUAAUACCAAGCGUUUGUGGCCAUUAGAAGAUUCUGCACAGUUGCCAAAUGCACUUGCUGAACAUGCACACGGUUCCUUGUAUGUACAAUAAAAAAUGCUGUAAGGUUAUACUAUACUGUUCAGUAUAUUAAGAUAUAACUUUCAAUUUACUUGGUAUCAGUGUUUAUUUUAAAUAAUGUUUUGUGAAGUAAUUCUUUCACUUGCUACUGAACUUAAUAGUAAAGAUUUAAGUAAUGCAUACACAGUACAGUAUUAGAAAAUGACUUAUU